AUGGUCUCCACUACUAUCAACUUCUCCGGCCUCAUGUGCCUCGUCCUUGCUCUCGGCCCUGCCACCGUCCUCUCUGCUCCCCAGCUGCCCGCUCUCGGAGCUGCCCCAUUCCCCGAGAUCGUCAACCACGGCCCUGAGACCACCCACCAGGGCCCAGACAACAGCGAGACUUCGGCUGGCAGCGGCGUCAAAGUCGGCAUCCCCGGCGGUCCCUCUGUGAACGCCGGUGCCGGAUUCCAGGACAUCCACCGCGGCCCCUGCGGCCCUGGCUCAGGCGAUGACUACAGCGCCGGCGCCGGUGUCAAUGUCGGUAUCCCCGGCGGUCCUAGCGUCAACGUCGGCAAUGGCGUUCACGACCACCAGGGCGGCUACCCUUGCCCUGAGCCUCCCGUUGUCGUCGUCCCUACUACUACUGCUCCUGCCAUCGUCGUUGUUCCCACAACCACUACCACUCCUCCCGCCGUUGUCGUUGUGCCCACCACCACUUGGACCACCCCUGCUGUUGUCGUGCCCACCACUACUACCACCACUCCCACCGAGACUGUCACUCCCCCUGCUCAGACCAACCCUCCUACCUGGUCUGACGUCCCCACUAUCCUCCCUCCCACCUUCACCACCCCCAUCUACGCUCCUCUCACUACCGCUCCGGCUACCUGGGCCCCCUCCGUCUCCAUCCCUCUGAUCCACCCCGCGGCACCCACCGCAUCAACCUCACCUUCCGCUGUGCCUUCCGCACCCGUCGCGCCCGUCUUCAACGCCGGCUCAUCUCUGGUCCCCGGAUCCGUCCUCGCACUCGCUCUCCCCGUUAUCCUGGCUUUCUUCAACUAA